CUUCUGAUAUCAUGCACAUUGUGGUUAUAUUAUAUUUAUUGUACGACUGCUAGAAGAUAGGGAUUCCAGAAAGAAUAGAUUGUAGUGCUGUACGAUCGUGCAGAUUUUACGCAUUCUCAAAUAGAUUUCUGACUGGACAGUCAGUGCGUAGCAUGUGACGUCACAUAGCAAGAUGGCUGCUUCCAUGGCAAGAUAUAUUGCGAAAAAUAAUACAAAGUUUAUAAAGUGUUUAUCUGUUCAGAAACCACACGUGAGGUGUUUAUCCUCUAAGAAUGAAAGUGCUCUCAUCUCAGCAAAGGAAGAGGUGAAUGGCGUUAAUUUCCAUUAUGUGCGACGCGGAGCAGGCGAACAUCCCAUCUUGCUUAUGCCCGGUGCUCUUGGUUCAGGGAGCUCUGAUUUUGGGCCACAACUAGAAAAGUUGGAUGGAAGUCUCUUUACUAUUAUUGCUUGGGAUCCCCGGGGAUAUGGAAAGAGCAUUCCACCUGCUAGAGACUUUCCUCUUGACUUCUUCCAUAGAGAUGCUUCAGAUGCUACCGGUCUAAUGAAUAAACUUGGAUUUAAGAAAUUUUCCAUGCUUGGGUGGAGUGAUGGUGGAAUAACAGCAUUGGUACUAGCAGGAACCUUUCCAGAUGUGGUCAGGAAAAUGGUUGUAUGGGGUUCAAAUGCUACCGUUACCGAAAAGGAUAUGAAAAUGUAUGAUGAUAUCAGAGAUGUGGAUAAGUGGAGUGAGCGCAUGCGAGCGCCCUUGGUUGCUAUAUAUGGGCGGGAGAACUUGCAGGCUCUUUGGUCGGCAGAUCUGGAUUAUUUCUGGGGCGUACUAGAUAGUAGAGGAGGUGAUAUCUGCAAAACUGAGAUGACCAAGGUUCGAUGUCCGACGUUGAUCAUUCAUGGUCAGAAGGAUGCGAUGGUGGGUCAGGAGCAUGCUGAUUACCUACACAGCCACAUCAACGGCUCCAAACUCGUCCUCCUACCGGACGGUAAGCACAAUCUACAUUUCAAGUACGC